AUGACAGGCAAAGUUGUAAGAAGCAAGCACGGUCCGGUAGCAUGCGGCACAAGAGUGGGAUGGGUAUUAAGUGGUAGAAUCGGUUCAGGUCUUUCUGACCUGCAUUGUUUUAAGACCCAUAUUCUACGAGCUUCGGCUGAGAGUGAACAGAUAACCGAUAUACUAAGACAGGAUCUAGAAAAAUUCUGGUCGGUGGAGGCUGUCGGUGCUUUAGAAGACUGUGUAGUCAGCCGGUUUAAACAAGACAUAGGGCAUGACGGGACCAGAUACGUAACUAAGUUGCCUUUCAAGCCAGAUCAUGAACCAUUAUCCGAUAAUUUUAAUGUUUGUGAAGGAUGCUUAAAAGCUCUGAAGCCCAGGUUAACCUCUAAAGGGAUUCUCAUGGCGUAUAAUGAGAUCUUUAGCGAGUAUGAGAAAAACGACAUAAUUGAACGCGUUCCCUCACAUGAGAUUGCUAAGGAGAUGGGUGGGGCCCAUUAUCUUCCUCACAGACCCGUUGUGCGACCCAAUCUUAUUGCGAAGAUUUUUGACAUCCUGUUAAGAUUUAGGCUUCAUAAAAUUGGUAUAUUAGCAGACAUAAAGCAAGCAUUUCUUAAUAUCGCUAUAUCUAGUGAACAUAGAGAUUUUGUGCGGUUCUUGUGGUAUGAUCUCGAUUCGGAAGAUGAGAAAAUAGUAAUUUAUCAGUUUCUAAGGGUAGUUUUUGGACUAACGAGUAGCCCAUUCCUAUUAAAUGCGACUUUAAGACACCACCUCAGUAAGUAUGUGUCGACAAAUGCAGUUGUAGAGCGUAUUGGCGAAGAUUUAUACGUAGAUGAUCUAGUUAGUGGGAGCGAUAGUGUAAGCGCGGCUAAGGAAUUAUGUGACACCAUCAAAGCUAUACUACAAGAGGCAGGGUUUGAUUUACGUAAGUGGGUAACUAACAAUCCAGAACUUCGUAAAUAUAUUUCUUCGGCAAUGGGUGAAACACCAGAUUCCCAGCCAUCAGGGGAUAUGACUUAUUUUGAAGCAAUGUUGCCCAAUUUAGUUACUCCAAAUCAAAGUGUAUUGGGCAUUUCGUGGGACACACCGGCUAAGACCAAGGUUGCUCCUUUAAAAACCCUUUCCAUUCCCAGGUUAGAGUUGUUAGGCUGUUUGUUGUUGAGCAAGUUAAUUAAUGAGGUGGUGAGUGGUAUACGGGGUCGUGUAGAGUUGGACGAAACAUUCUGUUGGUCGGAUUCAGAGAUGGCGUUGUGUUGGAUAAAGGGAAAAGAAAGAAGCUGGAAACCUUGGGUAGAGAAUCGAGUUGUUUCAAUUAGGAAGGUUGUUGGUCGUGACCAAUGGAAUUUCAUUAAAGGAGAAAUCAAUCCUACUGAUAUCCCCACCAGGAUAAUUUGGUUGAGUGUUUCUCCGGAUUCAUUUUUCUUGGGCGGGAAUGCUGGUGAAGAGGUUACGGUAACCUGUUCUACUGAGGCCAGUGUCAACACUGCAAUACGAAACAACACACGAGAUGAAACGGGUUCAUUAGUUGCCGUCAUUGACUGCACUAGCGAGUGGAUCAAAGAGGAACAAUCAGUGUUAAAAGAACAAUCUAACUUUGCUAACUUUCGUUCUUCUUUGAAUUUGUACGAGGACAAUGACAGUCUCCUGCAGUUAAAGGAACGGUUUGCCAAUUCACAUUUGGAGUACCAAGAACAGCACCCAAUGAUACUUCGAAGCAUAGAGAGCCACUUCACACGUUUACUUAUCCACGACGCACAUGAAGCCAGUAUGCACCAUGGAGUGGAGUCGACCUUGGCAAGAGUAUGGGCAACCUACUGGAUUGUGAAAGGAGGAAAGAGUGUGAAGGAAGUCCUCAGAAAGUGCGUGGUUUGCAAACGGUACCAAGGAAGACCCAUGCGUGCUCCUUCAUGUCCUGACCUGCCGCAGACCAGAAUCGAUCAUUCGGGAUUCGCGUUCCAAGCAACGGGCUUGGAUUUUGCGGGACCUUUAUUUGUGAAGGAAGGCUUGGGCACGGUUAAAGUAUACAUUCUUUUGCUGAAGUGUGCUACGAGCAGAGCUAUUCACCUCAAACUCGUGUAUUCAAUGACAAGUGACGGGUUCCUACGAGGGUUCCGACGAUUCGUAUCUCGGAGGGGUGUGCCUGAUCUUAUCAUCAACAACAACUUUAAGACUUUCAAGUCGGCAGAGGUCAAGCGGUUUAUGUCAUGUCAAGGCAUAAAACAACAGUUUAUUCUCCCAGCGUUUCCAUGGUGGGGUGGAUUUUACGAGCGCCUCGUACCGUCAGUAAAGUCCUGCUUGAAGAAGACACUCGGGAGGGCGCAUACAAGGUUUGAGGAGCUCCAGACUGUUCUGUGCGAGGUGGAAAUCGCAAUAAAUAAUCGGCCCUUGGCGUAUGUCAGUGAUGACGAUCUGGAUGAACCGUUUACGCCAUUCCAUCUAAUGCAUGAGCACGGUUAUUGCAAGUGGAUGAAAGAGAUGAACGUUUCACUCACGGCGAGCCUCGGACUGUACAAGCAACGAUUAAAACAUUUGAGGAAAAUCCUCAAAGAUUGUUGGACACAGUUUCGGAGGGAAUACAUAAACGAGCUGCGACAGAUGAAUCUUUACCGGAGGAGAAAAACCGGUUCGCGAGAUCUCACAGUUGGCGAUAUCGCGUUGAUCAAAGAUGACCCACCUUCACUGCGAGCGCAGUGCAGGAUGGGAAGAGUUCUUCAGCAUGUGAAGGGGCGUGAUGGCGUGGUUAGAGAGGCCAAACUCAAGGUCCUCGCGAAAGGAGGAGCGCAGACAUGGUUUAUUGACCAUUACAAAAGUUGA